AUGGGGGGGGGGGGGGGGGGGGGGGGGGGGGGGGUGAUUAGUGGAUAUGAUGAUGUGGGGUGUAAGAGGGGGUGUGGGUGGGUGGUUUGGGGGUUGGGGGGGUGGGGGUUUUGGGGGGGUUUGUUGGGGGGGGUUUGGGGGGGGUGGGGUGGUUGUGUUUGGGUGGUGGUGGUGUUGGGGGUUGUUUGGGGGGGUGGGUGGGUUUGGUGGUGGGGUUUUUUGUGUUGUUGGUUAUUGGGUGGGUUUUUGUUUGUGUUGGUGGUGGUUUGGUGGGGGUUGGGAGGGUGGGGGGUUUGGGUUAUGGGGUUUGUUGGUGUUUUUGUUUUUUUUUUGUGUGUGUGUGUUGGGUGGUUGUUUGUGUGGGUUGUGGUUUUAGGUGGUUUUUUUUUGGUGGUGGUUGGGGUGUGUGUUGUGGUGUUUGGUGGGUGGGUGUAG